AGUGCCCGUACUGGUCUACUCAGUUUCUCUGAGCUCUUCUAAUGACUUAACCCGAAGAGUGAUCAAACCCCUGCGCUAUUCUGUGGGAGCCCAGGUUCUUUGGAUAUUCCAUUAAAAAAAACAAUAAUAAUAAUGGGAUUUGAGUUGGAUCGUUUCAAGGGGGCUGUGGACCCAGACUUCAAAUGCAACUUGUGUAAUAAAGUUUUGGAGGAUCCGCUCACUACCCCGUGCGGUCACGUCUUCUGCGCCGGCUGUGUGCUGCCUUGGGUCGUCCAGCAGAGCAGCUGCCCGGUCAAAUGCCAGAGGAUCUCCACCAAAGAGCUCAACCACGUCCUCCCUCUCAAAAAUCUAAUAUUAAAGUUAGACAUCAAAUGUGACAAUCACGCUCGGGGCUGCGAGAAGAUUGUCAAACUCCAGCAUCUGGCGGACCACGCGGAGAUGUGCGACUAUUCCCCUGCCAAAUGUCGGAAUAAGGGCUGCAGCGAGGUGCUCAACCUGAAAGAUAUGGAUGCUCACAUGCGUGAAUCGUGCGAUUACAGAGCGGUCGGGAUUUGCGAGAGUGGAUGCGGAUUGAUGCUCACUCAUAAAGAGCAGAAGUUGGACAACCACUGCUGCUUGAAAGCUCUCAAAGCGCACAACGGCGCGCUGCAAGGGAAAGUUGUCACCUUGGAUAAGGAGCUCAAGAAACAAGCUCUGAAGUCCACUAAAAGAGAGAAAUCACUUUUAGCGCAACUGUCGGCGGUUCACAACGAGCUUCAGAUGACAGCGCUGAAGUAUCAGAAGAAAUUCACCGAAUACAGCGCCCGGAUUGACUCGUUAUCCAAGAGUCUCUCUCCGAGUCCGCCGUGUAAGGGUGGAGAGACCAAAAGUGUCACAGCUAUACUCCAUCGUGAGUCUGGAUCUUUAGGUUUCAAUAUUGUUGGAGGGAGGCCAUGUGUGGAAAAUAAAGAUGGCACUUCCAAUGAAGGAAUCUUUGUGUCGAAGAUUGUAGAGAAAGGAGCAGCGGAUAAAGAAGGAGGAUUGCAGAUUCAUGACAGGAUAAUGGAGGUCAAUGGAAAGGACUUGUCCAAGGCGACACACGACCAGGCAGUGGAGGCUUUCCGUAUGGCUAAAGAGCCCAUUAUGGUCCAGGUGCUCCGUCGGGCUCCCAGACCCAAACCUACAGGCCCAGCUGGGGAAGGACAGGUCGUGGAUAUCAGCACUCAGACGGACAUCACCUUCCAGCAUAUCAUGGCCCUCAGCAAGCUGCCUACAUCCUCCACUCCUGUGGAUGUGCUUGAACAGUACCUCCUGCCAGAGAGACACUCUCCAGCUCAUGAAUACUUCGACCCUAAUGAUUUCCUAGAGGGCAUGCAGCACGAGAUAGAAAGAGAAGAGCUGGAAUAUGAGGAAGUGGAUUUAUACAGAACAAAUAUCCACGAUAAACUGGGCUUUACUGUAUGCUACAGGACGGAUGAUGAGGAUGAGACGGGGAUCUAUGUCAGUGAGAUUGAUCCAAACAGCAUUGCUGCGAAAGAUGGAAGAAUCCGAGAGGGAGAUCGAAUUAUUCAGAUCAAUGGCAUUGAGAUCCAAAACCGUGAGGAAGCAGUGGCUCUUUUAACCAGUGAAGAACACCCAAAUGUGUGUUUGCUAUUGGCUCGACCAGAGAUACAGCUGGAUGAGGGUUGGAUGGAUGAUGACAGAAAUGACUACCUGGAUGACCUUCACAUGGAUAUGUUGGAGCAACAACACCAUCAGGCUAUGCAGUUCACAGCGAGCAUGCUCCAGCAGAAAAAGCACGAGGAAGAUGGAGGUACAACAGAUACUGCUACACUGCUCUCCCACCACCAUGAGAAAGACAGUGGAGUGGGCCGCACUGAUGACAGCACUCGCAAUGAUGAGAGCUCUGAGCAGGAGAAUCUCGCAGAUGACCAGACCAGCGCUUCCACCACACUGGGAAGCCGACGCAGACUCGCAUACAGUCAGGACACCCUCGGCAGUGGUGACCUCCCCUUCAGCAGCGAGUCCUUCAUAUCUGCAGACUAUGCAGAUGCAGACUUCUUGGGUGACUUUCCUGCUGAUGAAUGUGAGCGGUUUCGGGAGCUUUUGGAGCUGAAGUGCCAGAUGCAGAGCGCAGGCAGUAGUGGUACCCCGGAUCAAAGCUUGUUGUGGCCUAGUGGUGGACAAGGCGGUGUUGGAGAGGAGGGUGUCGACAAAGAAUUGGAACUUCUGAAUGAGGAGCUCCGCAGCAUUGAGCUCGAGUGCCUGAGCAUAGUCAGAGCGCACCGCAUGCAGCAGUUACGGGAGCAGUGCCGCGAACAAUCCUGGAUGCUGCACAACAGUGGCUUUCGCAACUACAACACAAGUGUGGAUGCAAGACGUCACGAGUUAGCAGACAUCAGUGAACUCCCAGAAAAGUCUGACAAGGACAGUUCCAGUGCAUACAAUACUGGUGAAAGUUGUCGAAGCACCCCACUUACAUUAGAACUCUCACCAGACAACUCUUUGCGACGUGGAAAUGAAAACCAAGCAGAAGCGGGAGCAAGUAGCAGUACCUCGGGUCCCAGCAGAAUUCUCAAACCCCUUCUCUCACCCGUCCAAGAGGCUUGCAGCCCUACUAGGGGUCGUCCAACAUUAUUGAAAGAGUCUGAAGUUGUAACCCAACCUGAAGUCAGAGAGCGCAAAGGAGGUCGUCAUGCACAUCCCCAGUCACCCUACAAACAUGCCCACAUCCCGGCUCAUGCCCAGCACUACCAGAGCUAUAUGCAGCUGAUCCAGCAAAAGUCAGUGGAAUAUGCCCAAAGCCAGAUGAGCUUGGUAAGCAUGUGCCGAGACCCUGCCAACUCUGCAGACUUGGGACCCAAGAUGGAAUGGAAAGUGAAGAUCCGCAGUGACGGUACACGCUACAUUACCAAGCGGCCAGUUCGGGACAAGCUUCUGAAAGAGCGAGCACUACGAAUCCGAGAAGAGCGCAGUGGGAUGACUACAGAUGAUGAUGCCAUAAGUGAGAUGAAGAUGGGUCGGUAUUGGAGCAAAGAAGAGCGCAAGCAACACGCCGUCCGUGCCAAAGAACAACGUCAACGUAGGGAAUUUAUGAAGCAGAGUCGUAUGGAUUGUCAGAAAGAGCAGGGGGUCACCACUGAGGAUAAGAAGGAUGUCAACAUUAUCGAACUUAGUCACAAAAAGAUGAUGAAGAAGCGGAACAAGAAAAUCUUUGACAAUUGGAUGACUAUCCAGGAACUGUUGACCCAUGGUACAAAGUCCCCUGAUGGGACACGAGUGUACAAUUCCCUACUCUCUGUGACUACAGUGUAGGCUCUGUAAUGUUCUGUAUAUAGGACACUACCGAUUGGGGUAGACAAUUCUGCCUCGUUCAAUGCGGCACCAUUUGUAAAUAGGAAAUAUGAAUGCCUUGUCUGAAGGAGCCAUUUGCCAAAAGAAGGUACAAUGAGAGUCUGAAAUAUUGAAUAGGAUGAUGGUUUUAUACAAGAGAUGAGAACGUGUUUUCUUGUUUGCUCUGUUCAUUUCUAUUGAGCUUGUGGUUUGAAAUAUUCUGUUACUGAAUCAUGACCAUUCGGACUCUAAAAGGUUUUGGACAACAGUACCAAGACUAUAAAGAACCCUUAGAAUAUUUUUUUGUUUUUUUCUACGAGUAAACUAACAGUCAACAGUAUUGUACUUAUUUAUGCAUACAUAUUGCUCAUUAAAGCAAUGCAGAUAUUUAGCUUCAUGAUCAUCACAGAAUAUCGCCAGGUGUUAUUGUAUACCUUUCAGUCAUUAUGAAAAGAGUUUUACAACAAAUUACUUUGCUUUACAGAUUUUAAAAGGUGCUGUUUUUUUCCUAAAGUUCUUACGUCACACAGCUACUGUUACAUUUGUCAUGCAUCAAACAUUUAUUGAAAUCUGAAUCUGUUUGUAUUAUUGUUGAUAUUAAUGUCUGUUGUAGACAAAAAGCCUUUUAUAUAGGUCUCCAUUGUAUUGCAGCAAGAUAAUACAGUUUAACAAAUCAUUAGUUAGACAUGCAAUUUGAUGUCUUGUAAAAUGAGAGAAAUAAUAAAUUAUUGUUUUAUAUUUGA